AAAUAAUUAUUUCUUUCUUUCUUAUUGAUUGCAUUAUGUCCACUCUUCGAUAUGAGUUAAUUAAUGCAACACUUAAUAGAGUAACAACAUUAACAGAUACUAAUAUUUACAAUGAUAUACACAAACAAUUUGAAUUUCAAAAACAAACAGUCCUUGCUGAUAAAAUUCUUACAAAUGAUGAAAAAACUGAAGCGAUGAGAGAUUUAACUAAAAAUUAUGAUCGAAAUAAAAUUUUGGAUGAUGAUGGUACAAGAAGAAUUUGUGAAAAUUGUAACCAAGAAUGCUUAGCUACAUUAUAUUGUGAAUAUUGUGUCCGAAAUUAUUUACAAGAAAAUUUUCCAAAUUGGACAUCCGGGAAUGAUGAUAUUGAUAAUUUAAUACAGGAAUGUCAAAUGGAAUCACUUAAUCCACAAACGAUUGUUGAAUGGAUCCCAUAUAGUAAUUUAGAAAAUAUUAAAUAUUUAACAAAAGGUGGAUUCUCAGAAAUUUAUUCAGCAGGCUGGAUUAAUGGAAAUUAUGAAGAAUGGGAUUUUGAAAAAAAACAAUUAAAAAGAUUUGAAGAUUGCAAAGUAAUAUUAAAAAAAUUAGAAAAUGUCAAAAGUGCAAAUCAAAGUUGGUUUGAAGAGGCUAAAUCACAUUUAACUAUAAGUAAUAAAUGGGCAGAUGUUGUUCGAUGUUAUGGUUUAACACAAAAUCCAUCAAAUGGAAAUUAUAUGCUUGUAAUGAAUAAAAUGGAUAUAGAUUUAAGAAAAUAUUUACAACAAAAUCAUAAUCAACUUACAUGGAAAAAGAGAAUUAAUAUUACUUUUGAAAUAAUUCUCGCACUUUACUAUAUUCAUUUUGAGGAAGCAAUUCAUAGAGAUUUACAUUCUGGAAAUAUAUUAUAUUCACAAUUAAAUGAUUCCUGGUAUAUUAGUGAUCUUGGAUUUUGUGGACCUGCUGAUAAAUCUUCAACAAGUAUAUAUGGAAAUCUUUCUUACAUAGCACCCGAAGUUAUUAUUGGAAGAAAAUAUACUUUUGCAUCUGAUAUUUAUAGUAUUGCAAUGCUUAUGUGGGAAAUUUCAUUUGGACAACCACCAUUUAUGGAUUAUGAAGAUGAACAUAUUCUUGUAUAUAAUAUUAUUGAUGGUAUAAGACCAAAAAUUGUACCAGGAACUCCAUUAGAAUAUAAAAAUUUAAUGAAAGAAUGUUGGGAUGCUGAUCCAUUAAAAAGACCUGACAUUUGUGCACUUGAGGAUAGAAUGUUAAGAAUUAAUUUAGAUUAUCAAAAUAUGUCAGAUGAAUUAUUCAAAUCAGAAAUAGAUAAUUUAGAAAUGAAUAAAGUAGAAGAAAAUUAUACGAGUAGCAGAUUAUUUACAAGUAAAAUUCACAACUUUGGAAAUCUACCUGAACCAAGAAAUGCAACAGAAGGUAUAAGUGUAUAA